UUUCCCUCCUUGCUUGCUAAAUGCCUAUAUCUCCAGACUCCAGUAUCCACUUUCUCUCUCCUCCGUGUCACACUAAUCGGCGGUCUGAAAGCCUUUUUCUGUUUCGAACAUUCGCUCACCAUUUAUCCGUCAUUUCCUAAGAAUUCUCUCUCUCUCUCGCACACACAGUAGUCAGUAGAGAGUAUAUCACCUCUUAUACUCUUAGCGGAUUCCAUUUUCAUUCUUCCUCUGCUUCUCACUUCUCAGCUGAUGAUGAUGAACGAGGUUAAGGAAGACAAUCAUUAUAUUGCUGACUUUGGAUAUGGAGGCUCAGAUUUUAGACAUUUAUGGGCUGAACCUGAAAAAGAUCAAGCCUCUGCACUAUAUCUUGAUGCAAGUUUUGAGAAAGCGUUCAAAAUUGAUGAUGUAUCGUCGGUAUUCCAUUAUGAGCUAAUUGCCGAAAAUGGUGGGCUGGAUUCCUAUAUGACUGAAGGGAAAGGCGAACUAAGAUGCAGUGAUUUUGAUGAAAUUCUGCAUGAAGAUAUAAUAACCAACCUCCCUCUAGCAGUCAGUAUCUCGCAUGCAUCUGAAGAUCACUAUUUGGAUGUUGAUUUUGCUAAAAAGGUUCCUGAUCUGGAUUGUCAAUUCUGUGACGAGUGGAAUGCGGAUAGCUUGAGAUCUGAGAUCAACUCUCCAGGAACUAGCGAUGAAGAAGUUGGGGCAUCAGAAUCAUCCAUUCUACCGCCCCAAUGUCUUAAUGAUCAAAUUGUGAAAAUUACUUCUGAUGAAAUGCCUAAUGACUCUGGAGGCGACUCUAGAUAUCAGAGACCAGUUGAGGACAAGAUGGAUUUAAAAUGCUCACUCCUCUGUGAUAUUCAAGAUGCUCAGGAUACUAAUGAUGUUCGAAAUACUUUGGAGGUUGGAAGUUCUUUUGCUUACGAAGGAAAGAAAGCACAAUUUUGUAUUACCUCUGUUAAAUCACCAUAUACUUCCAUAUGUACGCAUGAUGAAGUUGGCGAAUUGAGUCAAGGCACUAAAGAGGAAGAUUUUUGCGUGGAUGACCUGUCACCUGACAGCUGUGCUGAAACUGAAAUAGUCAGAGUUAGGCAAAGGAGACUGUGCAGACCACCACAGAGGUAUCUUGAUGGAUCGCCGUUGUUAAAGUCAAGACUUCAUAGGGGAAAGAAACCUCCUACCAGCAUGCUGAAGGAUGAAGAUCUUGGAGCUGAGUCUCAGAAUAAGCAUUGCAGGAAGGGAUUGGAAAUAAAAGCGUCAAAGACUUGGGCAAGAAAUUUGGAACAUGAGACAGAUGACGAAUAUGAGCCUGUUGAGUCUAGCUUUAAUAUCAGAAAAUCUAAAAGGAAUGACCGGAGGAAGAACUGCAAGCCCUGGACAUUGGAUGAGGUAGUAGCAUUAGUUGAUGGUAUGUCUAAGUUUGGCAUAGGACAAUGGACUGCUGUAAAGAAAGCCUUCUUCUCAUCUUCACGUCGUACAGCUACUGAUAUCAGGGAUAAGUGGCGAAACCUUGUAAAGACUAAGUGUAGAAGUUCAAACGGAAGAAAGGACGAUCAGCAGAGGAAUGGCGUACAACCGUUGCCAAAACCUGUGAUAGAACGAGUGAGAGAACUUGCUAGUGCUCCUGUUGUGAAGUGUAGAUCCAAGAGUGGGCGAAAACUUUCAGGCUCAAGAUGCAGUGAUAUGACCCUUUUUUUGGCUGAGUAAGGCGGUUCAUUUCAUGUUUACUGGAAGCAGCAUUUGUUGAGUAAUUACAGCGGCAAAAUUUUUGCAAUUGUUGAACUUUUUCCAGAUAAAAUUGAAUUGAGUGGUCUAAACUUCGACCCAUAUAUCUUCAAACUGAGGUAACCAUAGGCUGACUUAUCAAGAGUUCUUAAUAGCUUUUUGGCAUUACAGAAAAACUAGGCAAAAUUAUACAGCAUAGUUAAGCUCCUUUAGCAAUCUACAGAGAAAGGAUGUGUAAAAAAAAGUCCCGGAAAGUUGGGUGGUGCUAUCAUCUGCCAAUUGUAUGUUUCUAAUCUUGUAAAGUAUGUUGGAACUUGCCAAAUCUGGGUUAGAUUUCAUGAUGGUAACCGUUCUUAUGCUGAUGUUGCACAAAUGAGCAUCAUGUAUCUCCUUUUCGUUUUCCUCACCAGUCCACAACUCUUCAGACUCCAGGGACCUUUACAUGUCCGUUUUAUGCCAUAAGCAGCUGUUGCUCGAAAUCCAAACAACAGUAAGAAGAUACUACUCGAUAUCGGGUAAUUGAUGUUAAGAAUUGAGAUUGAUGCACAAUAUGAAUUGGAAUUGACCGAUUGGGAGGUACUCCCUCUGUUUUUGUUUUUUUAAGUUUACCUAUUUUUUUGGGUACAUUUGUUGAUGUACUAAUUUGAAUCUUAAUAUCUCUAAUCAUCUAUAACUAAAAAAUUACGAAAAGUUGAUAUUUGAA